AUGGGUGAAAUAAUUAGCGAGCAACAAAUGGCAGACAAAAAAAUUCAAGAUGAAAGGAUAAUUCUGAACAUUGGAGGCGUUAAGUAUGAAACCUAUCGCUCCACACUCACAGCUUACCCCGAAACCCUUUUAGGUACAAUGUUUCAUGAACGCAACAACUUAUUGCUUCGACCCAUGAACAACAAUGAAUUCUUUUUUGAUCGUGAUCCCCAAGUAUUUCGCUACAUAAUCCAAUACUAUCGAACCGGUAAACUGGUCUUUCCCAACGAUUCCGCGAUUAGUCGUCAAGAGCUUUUAAACGAGAUGGAUUUCUUUCAAAUACCCUUAACUUCAUCGCAAAAUCUUCAUGCUCCUCCCAGAUCUUCAUUUCCCACAACCGCGCAAUAUGCAAAAAUAGUGGAUGAAUUCGUGGAAGCUAUUAAAUUUUCAAUAAUAGAAACCAGCUGGAAUUUUCAUGAGACUGUUAAUAUCACAUUCUAUGCCACUCCACUUCACCACGAGACGCUGCCCACUGAUCGAAUGAUGUGUGUAUCCCCGUAUAUUGAAAAGAUCAGAGAACGAUUGAAACCGUAUGAAAGUAGUGGAUACAAGAUAUUGGAGUUGUUUGCAGCAGACAUCAAGAAUUAUUUGGAGAGCAUCGUGCCUAGUUAUACACUGAAUGUACAUAGUAGUUAUCAUAAACAUUAUUAUCAUCCUAAUUAUACUGGAGGAAAUAAGUUUAGUCAUGCUCGGAGUUUGUAUAUAGUUCGCACGGAAAGUUUUAAAAAUCUGAAAUAUGAUAUCUUGGAGAAGACAUGUUUAAGGUCAUCUGAAGAUUACUAG